AUUUUUAAAAUCUCUCCGACUGACGUUUGUAUUUGUUUUGACAACUCUCUUUUCCAACAAAAAACCACAUGUGUUGAUAUUUCUUAGAUUUUCUUCAACCAGCUUAAAUAUUUUCAAUUUUAUAACAAAUUUUCACAACAAUUAACACAAAAUGGAAGUAGAAAACAUAAAAGUUGAUGAUAUUUUACCAACACGCACUGCCAAAAAGCGUUCGCUAAACGAUGACAGUGAAAUGCAAGUUGACGAAACAACAGGCAUUGAAGGAGCCGUCCGUAAAAGUCUACCACCCAAAGCGAAGCGAGUUAAAAGUGAAGUGCGUAAAAUUGCAGUGCCUCCGCAUAGAUAUUCAUCACUCAAAGAACACUGGAUGAAAAUUUUUACACCCAUUGUGGAACACAUGAAGUUACAGAUACGUUUUAAUAUGAAAGCAAAACAGGUCGAAGUUCGUAUUAGUCCAGAGACUCCAGAUAUUUCAAAUUUACAAAAGGGUGCGGAUUUUGUUAAAGCUUUUCUCUGUGGCUUCGAAGUAGAUGAUGCCUUGGCCCUACUACGUUUGGAUGAUUUGUUCGUGGAGUCUUUCGGUAAAGAUGUGAAAACUUUAAGAGGUGAUCACAUGAGUCGUGCCAUUGGUCGUCUUGCUGGCAAAGGUGGUCGCACCAAAUUUACCAUUGAAAAUGUUACAAAAACACGUAUAGUUUUGGCCGAUAGUAAAAUUCAUAUACUGGGCAGUUAUCAAAAUAUUCAAUUGGCCCGUAGAGCUAUUUGUAAUUUGAUUUUGGGAUCUCCACCUAGUAAAGUAUACGGUAAUCUACGUUCGGUAGCAUCACGCGUCAGCGAAAGAAUGUAAAAACGCAAGUGGAAAUUUUAAUUUAGUUAUUAGUUGUGAAUUUUGAAGUUAAAUAUAAUAAAUAUUUUUACAGUAAGUUUAAUACAUAUAAUGAAACAA